AUGUCGACGGCGGGAGAGGAGGAGGAGUCACUGUCUUCGAGGAUCGCUACCACUAUAACCAGGACCAUACCUACCAAUAUUAGCCAAGCCAACGCAUCAAUUCAAACUUCUGCAUCUGCGAUGCCUGAAGCCAAUUAUCGCAGUAAAUGGGUUUUACCCCAGCUCCUCGCCGCGGUGGCUGUCGCCUUGGUCGUUACUGUUGGAGCUGUCGUUGGUUUCAUGAUAUACCGAAGGAGGAGAGAAGCGAAGAAGGCGUUGAACGCUGAGGACGAGGAGUCGGAUGGAAUGUACUAUGGGAGUGAACCUUUAUCGGAUGUGGGCCAUGGUGGUGGAAGCUUGGAGAAGGGGACAGGCUCUGGUCGCGCCCAGAGCUCGACGAAGCCCGGAAAAGCUGCGCCCAAUCCCGUCACUACAGCAGCACCUCCAAGCACCGCCCCACCGAAACUACCAGCUCCUCGACUUCCGACUCCAUUGUCUCUUCCUAGCGACUUCGGAGGCUCAGUGGACUCUCCCGACUCCAUUUAUUCGCAUUAUACGCCAGCGACAGCCGCGGUUUCUGAAAGUCAGUCGAGACAAGAAGUUUGGGCGGCCACGGGUGAAAGUCGGACGAGGAUCGUAGUUACGCCCCCUACACCGCGAUAUGUAAAAGGACAGGCUAGUGCCCGCAGCCAGCGCUCAUCGGGCACAUAGGGCUAUUCCUUCGUGCUAUGGCCCUUGAUGUAUGUAAUAUAUUUUACCGCACUGCUUCUGUUUUUCUCAGUUCUCGUUCGUCGAGCCUUUGGGUACGUUAUCAGACUACGUUUUUGCUC